AUGGCGAGAGGCGGAAAUAACAACAACUCGCAACCACCAACCAUGGAGGAGAUGAUGGCCAUGAUCAAUGGCUUAAGGGAGGAGAAUGCGCGAUCCAGGGAGAGAAAGGAGGCCAUCCAACGUGAAAACGAGGAGAUCAGGAGGCGAGCGGAUGAGAUGCAGGCCAGGAUAGAAGCCAGUACCAGAGCGGUGGAGGAGGAUGUCAUGUUGGAAGUCCCUAGGGAUUUUCAGCCUUUCUCGGAAGCCAUAGAGGCCGAGGCCAUCCCCAGGGAUCAUCGGAUACCGCAAGUUGAACCCUUUGACGGAACGCAGGAUCCCAGUCAACAUCUGACGGAUUUCCAGGCUCAAAUGCUGAUAUGUGGGGGAAGCAUGGAAGUCCGUUGCAAGCUAUUCAUGGGGACACUUAAAAAGGCGGCUCUCGACUGGUUUAGCGGUCUGCCUGACCGAUCCAUCACUGACUUCGACGUUUUCAGUCGGCUCUUCAUGGCACAGUUUGCCGCUAACAAGAAGAAGCCACCGAUCACGUCGGACUUGUUCGAUCUCAAGCAGCAAAGGGAAGAGUCAUUGAAGGAUUUUCUGCAACGAUUCAAUGAGGUCGCCUUGAGGAUAGCAUCCUUGGACGAGAGGAUGGCUGUCAUUGCAUUCCAGAAGGGUCUGAGGUCUGGAGCUUUCGACGUCGCACUGGAAAGAGCGAAUUGCCAAACGAUGUCGGAAGUGAGAGCCUUCGCACUGAGUCACAUUAAAACGGAGGAGGGGCAGAUCAGCAAAAGAGCAGCAGAGAGCCGAGGAGCAGGGGGUAGCAAUAAGGAGGGAAACAAACAUCUCCGGCCGCAGUCAGAUUGGAAUAAGCGACGCGACCGCUACAACAUGAAGGAGGGUGGUUACCGACAGGCCGAUCAUGGUGGUCGGGUAAGGGGCGAGUGGACACGCAGCAAUGAUGAAGAAAAGUUCACUCCGCUCAAUGUUCCCAGGCGACAGAUACUUCACGAUGUCAACAGCGCAUCGUUGUUUGAAUUCCCCGCAGCAACAGAGCGUCAGUUAGGACCUUUUAAAACCGAUUGGUGUGAGUUCCAUAGAACCCACGGAUACUCCACUGAAAAUUGCUUCGUCCUAGGGAGGCAGAUCGAGCGCUUGAUCAAGGAAGGGCGACUGAAGCAAUUUGUGGCAAGGAAAUAG